AUGGUUUUGGGCCUGAUAUUGCGGGCGGGCGUUGUUUACGCUGUGGUUAUAGCCACUAAAAAUUACGGCGUUUGGGAAUCAUCGGAAAAGACGCAGGAUGUAUAUGACGACACAGUUGAGCGCCUGGAACCCUUUGCCGAUCGGGCGCGACGCAAACUUAAUAUCUGCCCACCAAGGCCGCCACCGGAGGGAGAGUGGACCUUUUUUGGCAUCCAUUACUACAAUCAGUUAGUGAAAUCAUUCUUCGACGUUCUAAGCAUUAUCCCUGCUGGAUUGGGAUCAUUUUUGUCUAACGUCCCAGGUUAUGUGACCGCCUUUAUUGAAAUUAUCCAAAAGUACAUCAAGGAAACUAAGUCCAAAAAGAAGGAGAUCACAAUAUCCAAAGGACAGCUGGAUGAGACUCCUCUUGUCAGGCCACCGGGUCUAAUGCCACCACACUGCAAUGACAAGAAUUGUCCUAAAGCUCCUCUAAUUCCACCAGGAUGCAAUCGAAACAGGGAUAGCUUCAUCUACGAUUCUCGUUUACCCAAGAAGCCGCCGUGUGAAUGUUCCAAGUGCAAAAAACGCCAAGCGGAAAAUUGGAAGGACAACAAACGCAAAUGCACCAGACUUCCAGACAACGAAUCGAAAUGCAAAUGCGGUGAAGCACCGCAUCCAGAACCUCGCCGAGAGUCCAUCAACUCCUGCAAACAGUGCCAAAAAACACCUAGAGACACCUCUGCCUAGAAAUCCCAUUGAAAAAAAUCUCAAUCCAUUAACCAAAUUUUUUGUAAAUAAAUUUGGUUAACUUCA